AUGCGUAGGAUCGCAACGACCUCUGGUGUUGGACCAUCAAAGGUUUCCCCAGGUACUAAUACUGGAGGUGAAAGUAGUAAUAAGCCAGGAAAAAAGACUCCUGUAGGAAAGUAUAGUGGACCUAUUCCAGGUGCUACGGGGAAGGAUAACAUCCCAGGGAUAUAUGCAACCAAAAAACCGCCUACUUACUUUGAAGAACGCUACCCCAGAGGCGAAAAAGAGCUUCCGAGUAAGCGAAUAGUGGAGACCAACGAACCAAAAGACCGUUCAGAUAGCAUCAAAGCCCCUGAAUUUGAUACUUCACUUGGUAAAUUUGAACAGGCACCUUACUUUUCAGGAGGACCCGCUGCUAUGCGCUACCAGAAUUACGUUCGAGAGCCUGCUAAUAAAGAAGGCGUUGACUAUCGUGAUGUGAUUCCACUUCCACCUUUUGAAGAUCAUCAUCCCGAUUUUUCGUAUGCAUCUGCAACUGGUAAGCGUGAGGGGAAUACUACGUUGUUGGCGAAUACAGUGGUGAACUGGGAGCUGAAAGCAGCCAUGAUGUCUCUUUAUCGGUCUUGCUUAAAGGGUCUCCCCAUGGUCAAACAUUAUUACUGGCUUCUUACACCUUUACCGCAGAUGAAAGGAAAAAUACGGGAGCGAUUUCUUCAAAAUCAGCAUACAAAGGAUCCUGACGCAAUCAGGCAUCUUCUUCAUAACGGUUGGAUGGAAUAUCAAGAGGUUAUUCUCUUCCGACGAAGUCGUGCUUCGGUAGCAAAGUUUUUUGAGUGGGACAGUCAAGAUGAACUGGUGCGUGGAUAUACGAAAGAAGAAGGCAAGGCACAAGAGGAGCGUGCUUUUUGGAAUGGAGAAGAACAAAGACGAGAAGGCCCAUAUGACGGACACUGGUCGUGGUUGGGAAAGGAGAGUGAGAAAGAGUUUAACUUGAUCGCUGGACGUAUUCCAAUGUCUUGGACUACCUCCAAAGGCUAUUUUGAAAAGGGUCAAGCUGAUGGUACCAACUUUUGGGAAAAAAAUCUAGAUUAUGAGGGGUGGUACAUCAAAAAUGUUGAUCCGGAUCGUCAAAAUGCUCGACGAGAAAUGCAGGGGUGGAUUGAAAGUGGCUACAAUCAACCAAAACACUAUGCAAGCAAAAACAGACGCGGAUACCGCAGACUUGUAAAAGAUAUUGAGACUAUGAUGGAGUCAUCAAUGGAGGACCUUUAUACCAAAAAUAGAGAGCAGCUAUUUCAGUAUCUUAUUCGAGAGACCCAUCCCGAAUCAAAUCGCAUUAAUGCUGAGCGUACUUUGGCAAGACAAGACGAUGAUUUCUACUCUACUAGAUUUGAUGAGUACGAGAAGUACCUGAAGCAGGCUAUGCGUGAAAUGCCCAAUCCUCGUCUAUGGAAGACUGAUGCAUUCUAUUUUCGGUUGCGGUACUUGGUUGCGCCUCUUGAGUACAACUGGGCAAAGGUUCCAAUUGGGGCGGCACAGGAAAAGUUCUACAAUGAGUGGAUUUCUGAUAAUGCCAACUAUGCGAUAUUGAACAGCUCCGCAUUCUUAGGCAUUAAAAAAGACAAAAAGCGAAAUCCAAUGGCCAAUACCUGGGCAGACUUCUACAAGAAUUUUGAUCCUGAUGCCCCUGAAACACGUAAACUGCCAUGGUAUCAUCCGGAAUUCAAUUAUGAUCGCCGACACAAAUGGGAUGAAAGGUGUAUGAGGAUGAAGCGAUGGGUUCAGAGUGGAACUAUCGAUAGCAAAUUACCUUUCUUUGAUAGCAUUAUUGCUGAAUGGGAACAAUAUAUAAAUCGCCCUGAGCGUUUUCGUGCACCAGACAAUGCAGAGCGUUGCUAUGGUGCUCCAAGGAUGGUUCAGCUUUACCGCUCUCUAAAUCGGCUGAUGGAUGUAGCUUUGACUAACCAAAUACGAAGCAUUGCAGAGAAGAAAUCAGGAAAAAGUACACAGGAACUAUCUGCGCUAUCGGUGCCAGAGGUUGAAAAAAUAUUGAGUGCAUUGGACCUCAAGUAUUUUGAAUUCAAAGUACCGGUGAUAAUUUAUCCUGAUGAAGCCAAACAAGGAAAACUAGGACUUGAUGGCGGUAUUGUCGUUGGUGAGCAGGCUUGA